CAUUAUAAUCAUCAUCAUCAGCUCCCGUUCUGUGCUAGUGCUCUCCCUGCACGCAGCUACCUAUACUGUUUAGUCUCUGUGCUUUUCGCUCCCUCAAGCCGACCGAGAGUGAUGCAUGGAGAGCGAGUUCCACUCUUUGCCGGGUAACAGAUCUGCUAUUUUGUCAUCGACGGUUCAGACUGUGCUGGGAGAAAAAGAAAAUUCUGUAUCAUGGAGGGCCAGGAGAAGAAUCCGAGCUCGAGAUUGGGCCUGGAAGCGAUACGCGAGCUCAUCUCGGCCGAGGAGCCGGACGUCCUGGUCCAAGAAGUGGAGGAGGAGCCGGGCUCGGGCCGCGGCGACAACUACACCUCGAUGCUGUACAGACUGAAGGUGAAGGGCCUCAAGCGACUCGCCAACAACGGAGGAGACGAACCCUGGGAGCGCUCGAUGAUCUACAAGGUGCUGCCCGAGUCGCGGGAGCAGCGAGACUUUUUCAAGAGCGAGACCCUCUUCAGGAACGAGGUAGUCUUUUACACGAAAGUCUGGCCGGUCAUGGCGGAGCUACAGACCGGGGGCAGGACAGUCUUCACCGGAGUGGCCAAGGUUUACAUGGCGCGCGACGACCUCAUCGCCAUGGAGGACCUUAGGGCUCGGGGCUUCAAGAUGGCCGAUCGCAGGAAGGGCCUGCAGGUCGAGAAGCUCAAGCGCGUGCUCAAAGCUCUGGCCGGCUUUCACGCGCUCAGCCUCACCCUGAGAGAUCUCAGGCCGCAGGCGUUCGCCAAGCUGUCGCGACAGGACGCGGAGCCGGGGGAGAGUAUCCAGGAGACGUUGUUUCGCAUGGAGAACGCGACCUGGUAUCGGCGCUAUUACCGCGCGGCUACGAGCAACGCUAUCAAGAUGGUCUCGGAGGGCCUACCCGAGAACCUGGAGACCCGACGGGACGAGAUUCUAGGUAAAUUCGGGGCCUUUCUCAGGGAGGACUCCUUCUUCCGUACCAUGUGCGAGCUGACCUCGCACCAGGGCCCUCUCACCGUUUUCUGCCACGGGGACUGCUGGACCAAUAAUUUUCUCUUUCGGGACACCGACGGCGCCGCUCCCUCACCCUCGGAAGACUCGGAGGCCGUUUGCUUGGUCGACUUUCAACUAUCGCGCGUGGGCUCGCUGGCGCUGGAUCUGGCGUAUCUAUUCUACUGCUGUACCAGCGGGGACGUGAGGAAGGCUUUUAUGAAUCAAUUGCUGCAGCACUACCAUCGUCACCUCAUGUCCUCUCUGUGCACCUUGAAUCCUACCGCCGAAUCGACUAGAGAUCCCAUCGUCAUGUGGAGCUUGUUGACGGAGGAGAUGCGUCGCUGCGGCCGAUUCGGUUUGGGACUCGCCGUGGACAUGCUGCCGAUCAGUACGUGCGCGAGCGACCAGGCGCCAGAUCUGUACGAGGGCCAGGAGGCUAGUGCCGAAGUUGAGCACAGCAUGCUGGUACCUCCACCCGCUAAUGCAGAGUGCACCCGGCUCAUGACCGACCUCGUCGUUGAGCUCAUUUACAAUCGUGCUCUGUAAACCUUGCUGAUGCUGCUCACAAUAUGUGUACAUUAUAUUAUAGUGGUUAUUUCGAUGCGUUGAAUAACGGCGCUCAUGAGUCCUUUUGAUUCAUCUUUUGCGAACGUUCAUUAUAUUAUUCCUAGUCAUGAAAGAUGAUGACUCUGAACACUUUCUUUUCGUAACUCUAUACUAUUUUAUAGAAAAGUAAUACCUAGUUUAUUGCCAACUUAGAUUAUAAUGUGUAUGUCAUACGAUGAUGUCGAAAGGAAAAAAGAAAUUCAAUUUAUAUAUUAAAAUUUAGCAAUAAAUGUAUUAUUUUUCUACAGUUACAAAUUGAACAGACAGAACUCAAACGAAUUAUUUAUAUUUUAAAUAUACAAUUUUAUCAAUAUUCAUUAUAUUUAGAUGUAAAAUAGACAAAUUUGGUUGAGUUUCAGGGAGACAGAAUUCACAUUUUGGAGUCUUCAGACUUUUAUGUAUAAGUAGUUUACCUUUUUCCCUUAAAAAAAAAAAUGUCAUACUCAGCGUAGUUACGUUGAUCCGGCGAUUAUCAUAAAAAAAGAAGGUUUUUUUUGUAAGUUUCAUUGAGUAAAUUUACGUUGUAUACUUUUACCAAUAGUAUAUUGUAUAAAGUCUCCAGGUAAAUUACAGUGUCAUUAAUUUUACUGCAAAAUACACAACUUAUGAACAUGAAAA